ACACGCGUGUGUGAUUCGAGGCCAGGUGAUGACUGCAGAUGGGACCCCUCUAGUUGGAGUCAACAUCAGCUUUGUCAACAACCCUCUUUUUGGAUACACCAUCAGCAGACAAGACGGCAGCUUUGAUCUGGUUACCAUCGGUGGGAUCUCCAUUAUCCUGCACUUCGAACGGGCUCCCUUCAUCACCCAGGAGCACACUCUGUGGCUGCCCUGGGAUCGCUUCUUUGUGAUGGAAACCAUCGUCAUGAGGCAUGAAGAGAAUGAGAUCCCGAGCUGUGACCUCAGUAACUUCGCCCGGCCCAACCCUGUGGUCUCCCCAUCUCCCUUGACAGCUUUUGCAAGUUCCUGCUCAGAGAAAGGUCCUAUCGUUCCUGAGAUCCAGGCUCUACAGGAGGAGAUUAACGUUUCUGGUAGUAAAAUAAAAGUGAGUUACCUGAGCAGUCGCACAGCUGGCUACAAAUCAGUGCUGAGAAUCAGUAUGACCCACCCCACCAUUCCCUUCAACCUUAUGAAAGUCCACCUCAUGGUGGCUGUCGAGGGGCGCCUCUUCAGAAAGUGGUUUGCAGCUGCUCCAGACCUGUCCUAUUAUUUCAUCUGGGAUAAGACAGACGUCUACAGCCAGAAGGUGUAUGGGCUCUCAGAAGCCUUUGUUUCAGUAGGUUAUGAGUAUGAAUCCUGUCCUGACUUGAUCCUGUGGGAGAAGAGGACAGCUGUGCUUCAGGGUUAUGAAAUUGAUGCUUCCAAACUUGGAGGAUGGUCCCUGGACAAACAUCAUGCCCUCAACAUACAGAGUGGCAUCUUGCAUAAAGGAAACGGGGAAAACCAGUUUAUUUCCCAGCAGCCACCUGUGAUUGGAAGCAUUAUGGGCAACGGCCGCAGACGUAGCAUUUCUUGUCCAAGCUGCAAUGGUCUGGCAGAUGGGAACAAACUCCUGGCUCCUGUUGCCCUCACAUGUGGGUCUGAUGGAAGUCUUUAUGUUGGAGAUUUCAACUACAUCCGAAGGAUCUUUCCCUCUGGCAAUGUCACCAACAUACUGGAGCUGAGAAAUAAAGAUUUCAGACAUAGCCACAGCCCAGCUCAUAAGUAUUACUUGACCACAGAUCCAAUCACCGGCUCCAUCUACCUCUCCGACACCAACAGCCGUCGUAUCUAUAAAAUCAAGUCAACCACAUCCGUGAAAGACAUUGUGAAGAAUUCAGAGGUCUUGGCUGGAACCGGGGAUCAGUGCCUCCCAUUCGAUGAUAGCCGCUGCGGAGAUGGAGGCAAAGGCACUGAUGCUACCCUUACAAAUCCCAGGGGCAUCACUGUGGACAAAUUUGGGCUGAUCUACUUUGUGGAUGGCACUAUGAUCAGGAGGAUUGAUCAGAACGGGAUCAUCUCAACUGUGUUGGGCUCCAAUGACUUGACAUCUGCUCGGCCUCUCAGCUGCGACUCUGUCAUGGACAUUUCUCAGGUUCGUCUAGAAUGGCCCACGGAUCUGGCAGUCAAUCCAAUGGACAAUUCACUCUAUGUCCUCGACAAUAACGUUGUGUUACAGAUAUCUGAGAACCACCAGGUGCGCAUCGUGGCGGGAAGGCCCAUGCACUGCCAGGUGCCAGGCAUGGAUCACUUCCUCCUUAGCAAGGUGGCGAUCCACGCCACUCUGGAGUCUGCUACUGCCCUGGCCGUCUCCCAUAAUGGGGUCCUGUAUAUUGCUGAGACCGAUGAGAAAAAGAUCAACCGUAUCAGGCAGGUCACCACCAAUGGAGAGAUUUCUCUCGUUGCCGGUGCGCCAAGCAGCUGUGACUGCAAGAAUGAUGCUAACUGUGACUGCUUCUCGGGGGACGAUGGCUAUGCCAAGGAUGCCAAACUCAACGCACCGUCCUCCCUUGCGGUGUGUGCAGAUGGAGAGCUGUACGUCGCUGAUCUUGGAAAUAUCCGAAUCCGCUUUAUUCGGAAAAACAAACCAUUCCUCAACACGCAAAAUCUGUAUGAGUUAUCCUCACCCAUAGACCAGGAACUCUACUUGUUUGACACUAGUGGUAAGCACCUUUAUACUCAAAGCCUUACCACUGGAGAUUAUCUUUACAAUUUUACGUAUUCCGGAGAUGGAGAUAUAACCCUGAUCACUGACAAUAAUGGCAACUUAGUUAAUAUCCGGAGAGAUUCCACAGGGAUGCCCCUGUGGCUGGUAGUGCCCGAUGGCCAGGUCUACUGGGUGACAAUUGGUACCAACAGUGCACUCAAGAGCGUAACGACACAGGGGCAUGAAGUGGCCAUGAUGACUUACCACGGCAACUCCGGUCUCCUUGCCACCAAAAGCAAUGAAAAUGGUUGGACAACGUUUUACGAGUACGACAGUUUUGGCCGCCUGACCAAUGUGACCUUCCCUACCGGCCAAGUGAGCAGCUUCCGCAGCGACACCGACAGCUCCGUGCACGUCCAGGUGGAAACCUCCAGCAAGGACGAUGUUACAAUAACCACCAAUUUGUCGGCAUCGGGAGCCUUCUACACCCUGCUCCAAGACCAAGUGCGAAACAGCUACUACAUCGGCGCCGAUGGCUCUCUCAGACUGAUGCUCGCUAACGGCAUGGAGGUGGCCCUGCAAACCGAGCCACAUCUGCUGGCUGGCACCGUCAACCCCACGGUGGGGAAGAGGAACGUCACCCUGCCCAUCGACAACGGCCUCAACCUCGUGGAGUGGCGGCAGAGGAAGGAGCAAGCCAGAGGGCAGGUCACUGUCUUUGGACGUCGGCUGAGGGUUCACAACAGAAACCUCCUGUCCCUCGACUUCGAUCGUGUGACAAGGACAGAGAAAAUCUAUGAUGACCACCGCAAGUUCACGCUCCGCAUCCUCUACGACCAGGCAGGGAGGCCCAGUCUCUGGUCACCCAGCAGCAGGCUGAACGGCGUCAAUGUCACCUAUUCUCCAGGAGGACACAUUGCAGGGAUUCAGAGGGGCACGAUGUCAGAGAGGAUGGAGUACGAUCAGUCUGGCAGAAUUACAUCCAGGAUCUUUGCUGAUGGCAAAUCAUGGAGCUACACGUACCUGGAGAAGUCCAUGGUGCUGCUUCUUCACAGCCAGAGACAAUACAUCUUUGAAUUUGAUAAGAACGACCGGUUAUCAUCAGUGACCAUGCCCAACGUUGCCCGUCAGACUUUAGAAACAAUUCGUUCCAUUGGUUACUACAGGAACAUUUACCGGCCUCCGGAAGGCAAUGCCUCAGUAAUUCAGGAUUUCACAGAGGAUGAGCAGCUCCUCCACACUUUGUACCUGGGGACAGGGAGACGUGUCAUCUACAAGUAUGGGAAGCUGUCCAAGUUGGCCGAGAUGCUCUACGACACCACAAAGAUCAGUUUCACCUAUGACGAAACUGCUGGCAUGCUGAAGACAAUCAACUUGCAGAAUGAAGGGUUCACAUGCACAAUCAGAUACAGGCAGAUAGGACCCCUCAUUGAUCGACAGAUUUUCCGCUUCACUGAAGAAGGCAUGGUGAAUGCACGUUUUGACUAUAACUAUGACAACAGCUUUCGGGUGACCAGCAUGCAGGCAGUCAUCAACGAGACACCUUUACCCAUUGACCUCUACAGGUACGAUGAUGUGUCAGGCAAAACUGAGCAAUUUGGUAAAUUCGGAGUCAUUUACUACGAUAUCAACCAGAUUAUCACCACUGCUGUCAUGACUCACACUAAACAUUUUGAUGCCUACGGCAGGAUGAAGGAGGUCCAGUACGAGAUAUUCCGGUCCCUCAUGUACUGGAUGACUGUGCAGUACGACAACAUGGGGAGAGUGGUUAAGAAAGAGCUGAAGGUUGGCCCGUAUGCAAACACAACUAGGUACUCAUAUGAGUAUGAUGCUGAUGGACAGCUGCAGACUGUGUCUAUCAAUGACAAACCACUCUGGCGUUACAGCUACGACCUAAAUGGGAACCUCCAUUUGCUGAGUCCAGGGAAUAGUGCCCGCCUUACACCACUCAGGUACGACCUCAGGGAUAGGAUUACAAGACUGGGGGAUGUGCAGUACAAAAUGGAUGAAGACGGCUUCCUGAAGCAAAGAGGAAAUGACAUUUUUGAGUACAAUUCAGCUGGUCUGCUCAUCAAAGCCUACAAUAAAGCUAGUGGGUGGAGUGUGAAAUACCGCUAUGAUGGCCUAGGAAGGAGAGUCUCUAGCAAAACCAGCCACGGCCAUCACUUGCAGUUCUUCUACGCAGACCUGACCAGCCCAACCAAGGUCACCCAUUUAUACAACCACUCAAGCUCCGAAAUCACCUCCCUCUACUAUGACCUCCAAGGCCACCUCUUUGCAAUGGAGCUCAGCAGCGGUGAUGAAUUCUACAUAGCCUGCGAUAACAUUGGCACUCCUUUGGCUGUCUUCAGUGGGACUGGCUUAAUGAUCAAGCAGAUACUGUACACAGCAUAUGGGGAGAUCUAUAUGGACACCAAUCCCAACUUCCAGAUCAUCAUUGGCUACCAUGGAGGACUGUAUGACCCCCUCACAAAGCUUAUCCACAUGGGACGGAGGGACUAUGAUGUGCUAGCGGGUCGGUGGACGAGUCCAGACCACGAUAUGUGGAAGCACCUGAGUAGCAAUAACAUAAUGCCUUUCAACCUGUAUAUGUUCAAAAACAACAAUCCCAUUAGCAACUCUCAGGAUAUCAAAUGUUACAUGACAGAUGUCAACAGUUGGCUGCUCACUUUUGGGUUCCAGCUGCACAACGUCAUCCCUGGCUACCCCAAGCCAGACAUGGAUGCAAUGGAGCCGUCCUAUGAGCUAAUCCACACACAGAUGAAAACCCAAGAAUGGGACAACAGCAAGUCGAUUCUGGGAGUCCAGUGUGAAGUGCAGAAGCAGCUGAAGGCCUUUGUCACUCUUGAGCGCUUUGAGCGGAUCUAUAGCUCCAGCAUCGCCGGGUGCCGGCAGGUCAAGAAGAACAAGAACUUUGCCGCUGGGGGCUCUAUCUUCGGCAAAGGCGUCAAGUUCGCCAUGAAGGACGGGCGCGUGGCCACUGACAUCAUCAGUGUGGCCAACGAGGACGGGCGGAGGAUCGCAGCCAUCCUGAACAACGCCCAUUACCUGGAGAACUUGCACUUCACCAUCGACGGGGUGGACACGCACUAUUUCAUUAAGCAAGGGCCGUCGGAUGGCGACCUGUCCAUCCUGGGUCUCAGUGGUGGGCGGAGGACCCUGGAGAACGGCGUGAAUGUGACGGUGUCCCAGAUCAACACAGUGCUGAGUGGGAGGACUAGACGUUACACGGACAUCCAGCUCCAGUACGGUGCACUGUGCCUAAACACUCGCUACGGGACCACCUUGGACGAGGAGAAGGCCCGCGUCCUGGAGCUGGCCCGACAGCGCGCCGUCGCCCAAGCUUGGUCCCGGGAACAGCAGAGACUGCGGGAUGGGGAGGAGGGUAUUCGCUCGUGGACAGAAGGGGAGAAGCAACAAGUGCUAAACACUGGCCGGGUACAGGGCUACGACGGCUAUUUUGUGAUCUCAGUGGAGCAGUACCCCGAACUCUCAGACAGCGCCAACAACAUCCACUUCAUGAGACAGAGCGAAAUGGGCAGAAGGUGACAGAGAGGGUCGAUGCGGUGACUUCUUGCCAAAGACAGCUACUCUUUUGUGGCCACUUACCUGACUGUGUUGUACUCAAUCCUUUUUCUAAACUGAACAAGGUGGGGGGGAGGAAAAUAGAAAGAGAAGGAAUAAUACGGUUGCACUGUAACUCAUGCAACAUACCUUUUUUUUUUCUCUUUAAUUUGGCCUUCACACAUUUUUUGCAAUGAACAGAAGGUAUAUUUUGCCGUACUGUGAUCACAGUGAGAUUUACUGUCUCUUGUCCCUUUUUUGUUUCGUUUUGGUUUGGUUUUUUCCCUCCCUUUGUGAGGAAUUUGAAGUGGGGAGUCGUCAACGUACGUCCGUAGGUGUGAAGUGCGAAAUGGGUGUCUGUGCUAACUUGUGUCCUCCUAACCCUUUCUGAUUUGGGGCAGGGACAGAUAGCCUUCCACCCGAAACAUGAGGAGCCCAUACUGGAGAG